UGCCGGUGACACAGGUUCAAGGAGUGUUCGGGCGAAAGGUUGCUCUUCCUUGUGAUGUGACACCACCAAUUGAAGGCGAUGUUGUCCUCAUGGUGUUAUGGUUCCUGGAACCAAGUCAGCAACCUCUUUAUAGCCUGGAUGCUCGCCGUGUCCGCCUGGACGCAGGCCGACGUUGGGCUUCUCCUGACCUGAUGGAAGGCAGGGCGUUCUUUCGCACCGCGUCAAAGCCGGCUGCACUGCUCCUGGACGGGGCAAGAGUCCGGGACGAGGCGAUGUACCGGUGUCGGGUAGAUUUUCGCGAUUCGCCUACCAGGCAUUCGCUGGUCAAUCUCACAGUCGUCGUACCCCCAGGAAGACCUCGUAUUUAUGAUGGGCGAAAUAAUAAUCGCAGUAGCGUCGUGGCUCCUUAUGUUGAAGGCAGUGACGUAGUUCUUAUUUGCGAAGUUGAUGGCGGUCGUCCGACGCCCCGCUUGUCUUGGUUUAUGGAAUCCACACUUCUGGACGAAUCCUGGUUACCCAGGCCGGCGGCCGUUGGUGGAGGAUCAAUCAACCGUCUGCUGCUGCCUGGUGUGGGCAGACAGCAGCAACACGCCAGGCUGGUGUGCCAAGCGGCCAAUACGGAUCUUGUGCAGGCUGCUACGACGGCAAUCGUAUUGGAUAUACAGUUACGUCCGAUUUCAGUGCACAUUUUAAAUAAAGAAACAAGAUUGUCUGCUGGGCGUAACUGGAACAUAGAAUGCGAAGCCACUGGUUCGAAUCCACCAGCAAUUAUCUCAUGGUGGAAAUCAGGAAAGGAAUUAAUUGGUGAACAGAAUGAAUACGACACAUUAGGAAUUCUGCACUUCGUUCCAACCAUGGAAGACGAUGGAAAAUAUUUAACAUGUCGUGCAAAUAAUCCUGCUGUACCAGAUAGUACACUGGAAGAUAAAUGGCUUCUAAAUGUGUUAUGUAAGUAUUUGUAA